CACACCAUUUGCGGAACCCACACCCACGUGGCCACAUCUAAGAUUCGCACCAUUUUCUUUCCAUACCACCACCGUCACAUUUUCACCAAUAAGUAGCUCCUCCUAGUCUUCGCCGAAACCAUCCGCUCAUUAGCCAUGACAGUAACUAAAUUCCUUCUACAACUAAGCAUCGCCGCUCUCAUGAUCGCCGCAACCGCAUCGCAGAGAACCUCUCCAACCGUCUACACCAAUCACACCGUCGGCGAUGACUCCGGCUGGUUUUUCAACUCCACCACUAACUCAACCGCCGCUAACUAUUCCUCUUGGGCUGCUUCUCAAAUAUUCAAUUUAGGAGACUUCUUGAUUUUUAAUACGAACACGAAUCAGACGGUGAUCCAGACAUAUAACGUGACUACAUUCAUGAACUGUACAAUGGAUGAAGCAUUGGAUAAUGAUACGAUUCAAUACGACGGUGGAAACGCGGCGUUUGGUGUUGCGUUGACCAUUUCUGUACCGUUGACUAUUGAAGGUCCUAACUAUUUUUUCUCUGACGGUGAUGACGGUAAUCAAUGCCUGAACGGUAUGGCAUUCGAGAUCAAAGUCAAUCGCGGCCUUGGCUUGCCUCCCAGCCUAAAUCAACCGCCGCCGCCGCCGUACAUGGAGCCUCCAGGUCCUGAUUCAGCUCAAUCGCCGCCGAUUCCUAUCCACGGAGGAUCGGAAUCGCCGGGGAAUCUUGGGGUUAAGGAUGGCGUUAAUGUUCACGGCGUUGCGUGUGUUCUUCUGUUUGUCAUAGCUGGUUUUACUCUGUUUUAACGACACAAAUGGUAUACAGCCUACAGGUGUUCUUUAAUUUUUUUGCCGUAUUUGAAUUGUUCGGGCCUUUUAGGAUAUUUUUGCAGGGUGUUAUAGAAUCUAAUUUUUUUUAGAACAAAUGAAAUAGAUACUUGAAAUUCUACCAAAAAGAAAGAAUAGAUACUUGAAGUAUGAAACCAAUCAAUAAAAGCUUUUCAUAUUCUGAUCUU